AUGAACCACACGUCUCAAGAGACGAAGCAAACGUGUACAAGUUCUAUCGAUUCAAGCGUAAAACAACAGGAUCAACAGCUACAAUCAGAACCAAAACGAUAUGAUGAGAAUGAGACACAAUUGCCACUUCAAAUGGAUACAGAUGCAUGUGUUGACACAUUGGUAAAAGAAGAAAAAGUGAGCAAGAAUGAUAAGUGGAAAAAAGAGAAAGAGAAUGUUCGAUUCUUUCCAUUUCGUGAAUACAAUCGGAAAGAAAAAUCACUUGGAUUACUCUGUGAAAAUUUUUUAAAAUUGCAUCGAGAUGAUACAAUUUCAGAAAUUUGUUUAGACCGAGCAGCAACAACAUUGGGCGUUGAAAGAAGACGGAUCUAUGAUAUUGUCAAUAUUCUUGAAAGUAUUCAUCUUGUUAGUCGAAAGAGUAAAAAUCUCUAUCAUUGGCAUGGAUUAGUAGCGCUUCCAACUUCUGUUAGUGCCAUGAAGCAACGAUAUGCUGAAGUACAAGAGUCUUUACCAAGUGAUUCACGUGGAACAGAGUGUCCACGUUUUAAAAAUGAUCGAAGACGAGGCAAAUCAUUAUCAAAAUUGAGCCAAAUGUUUGUCCAGCUUUUUUUGAGAAAGGAGGACUGUAUCAUUCCACUUGAUCAAGCAGCCAAGCAACUUAUUCAAAUGGAAGAUAGCAAAAGUGUAGAGGAUCGUCUCUUGAAAACCAAGAUUCGCCGACUCUAUGACGUGGCCAAUGUCUUAGUUAGUGUCGGCUUGAUUGAAAAGCUGCAACUAUCCAACUCCCGAAAGCCUGUAUUCCGGUGGAAAACACGUAGCACCAUACCCGUUUCCACGACUGCUCCUGAAGCUAGUACUGAUCAUCCCGCUUACAACAUUGACGAAAAGGAUGAUAUCGAGCCAACGCAGUGUCAUAUCGACACGACUGAUUAUAUCAAGACCGAAGUCGUAUCGUCCAGUGCUGAAGGUGACAAUACUGACGCCAUGAAAUCGCCCGAGACAUGCAAUAGUGACAUGUCCGAUGAUGGCGGCAGUGAGUCUCAAUCUGAUGCUUGUAGCUGUGGCUCAAAGCGAAAGCAGAAUGAUCAAGACGAAAGUGAUGCAAACAUGUUAACCAGUGAGUCCUCAACCAAGCGCAACCGAUCUCACACGAUGGAUGAAACUAUUGUUCCAACAACGGGUGAGAAAAGCUUGAGAUUGCUUCGAAUGGAUGCCAACAACGAGCCAAUUCAUCCCCAGGCUAUUCUCUAUGAACAGCAAGAACAAGUAAAGCUUUAUAUGCAGCAGUACAUUCAUGAAUACGUCGACUACUUGGCUACACACGAGCAACUGUCCAAGUAUACAACUCUCACCAAAGACAACACACGCGUGAAAGGAGAGUUCGUCACUGUUACUGCUUCCAAGACUAAUGCUAUUGCAGCCAUCUCCAAAGAUCUUCACAGUACUCCAAUGCAUCUGCCAUCACUUGCUGGAACGAUUCAAGACUUGUUCGUAUUGGAAAAAAGUCCUCAAGCUGUUGCUGAUUUUCGUUCCAACUCGAGCGUGGACCAGGAAGUUGUGUCCAUCAAGUGA